CUGCUUCGUCCCCAAACUGCCCUCCGUCCACAUCAUCCAUGGUUAUCAACCUGUCUCCGAAAAUUCCACCGCUGGUUCCAUUUAUCUGCCCAUCAGCGACAGCAAAAACCUAUCUACUUAAAGUUGAAACCACAAGUGACGCUUCAUCGAGCGUUCGCAGCCAUGGCCUCCGCAACAACUUUCUACGAUUUCAAGCCGCUCGACAAGCGGGGCAACGAAGUACCCCUGUCCGACUACAAAGGCAAGGUCGUCCUGGUAGUCAACACGGCCUCCAAGUGCGGCUUCACGCCACAGUAUGCCGGGCUCGAGAAGCUCUACAAGUCGGUGCGCGAGAAGCACGGCGAUAACUUUGUCAUCCUCGGCUUCCCCUGCAACCAGUUCGGCAACCAAGAGCCGGGGUCCAACGAGGAGAUCCAGCAAUUCUGCCAGGUCAACUACGGCGUGACCUUCCCCAUCAUGGCCAAGGUCGACGUCAACGGCGACAACGCCAGCCCCCUGUUCCAGUGGCUCAAGGCUCAGCAGCCGGGCAUCCUCGGCCUGAAGCGGGUCAAGUGGAACUUUGAGAAGUUCUUGGUGGGCAAAGACGGCACGGUCAAGGGACGGUGGGCGUCAACUACCAAGCCUGAGUCGUUGGAAAGCACCAUUCUCGAAGAACUCGCGAAGUGAGGUGUGGGGUGUUACGUGCUGGAGGAACUGCGUAUUUAUACCCCGCCUUUACCGGGCGCUAAUCAGCAUCGCGCUACGGAUGC